CACAUCAGUCACAUAUACACUGACAAACAAUUAACAAUGGCUUUCAAAUUUGUUGUGUUCGCCGCCGCUUUGGCUUACGCCAAUGCUGGUCUUCUCUCCGCCCCAGCUGUUGCCACCUAUGCUGCCGCUCCAGCAGUAGCUCACUACUCAUCUGCUCCAGCUGUAAGCAGCUCCUACAUCCACCAGGCUUCCGCUCCAGUCGCCGUAGCUCAUGCUGCUCCAGUUGUAUCUGCCUACAGUGCUCCAGUAGCCGUCGCCCAUGCCUCUCCAGUAGCAAUCCAUGCUCCGGCCAUCGGUUCGUCCCAACAAAGUGUAGUUCGCGGUCUUGGUGGUGCUCAAGCCAUCUCCACUUACUCCAAAGCCGUAGACAGUGCCUUCUCCAGCGUACGCAAAUACGAUACCCGCAUCACCAAUGACGCCCUCUCUGUAGCUCAUGCUCCAGUAGCUGUUGCCCAUGCUGCUCCUUUGGCCGUAGCUCAUGCUCCCGUGGCCGUAGCCCAUUCCGCCCCAUUGGUAACCAAGACCGCCGCUGUAGCUUACUCUCCAGCUGCCGUUGUCUCUCACGCAACUUUCUCCGGUCUUGGUGUAAACUACGGAUGGUAAAUUUCGUUCAGUUGAUUUUAUGAUUUAUUUAUUUAUUUAUUUGUAAAAUAAAGUUGAAGAAAAUAA